CGAAAUCUCUUACAACCCACAACUUUCGCGACUGAGACUACUUGCUGUGCGACGACGUAGCGAUAGGCACUCAAACUUACUCAGGGCAAUAUUAUGAUGGAUACAACUGUUACAUAAAUUAUUUGGAGACUGAACAGAGGUGCUCGGUGGAUUUCUUUGCAUGGGAAACAGACGGAAUGGCCCGGACGCUGAGCUUAUCAAAACUUACAACGUUACAUCUCCAAUAGUGUAUUCUGAUACAGCCCACUUACUUGCCCCCACCUAAGGGCUUCUUCAUCUGGUGGCGUCGCCGAGCCGUGUUCGCAACAGCGGUUUUUUCAACCAGUCAAGGGAAUACAUUUCAAUAUCGAAGCUGCAAAGCCGGCGUCCGCUGCUAGCCUGCGUCCAGCCGGCGUCCGCUGCUAGCCUCGUCUGCAGCGUCAUGACGGAUGCGGAAGCGGCAGAGCUGGAGAAGGAGGAGCGCUCCCGGACAACGCUGGUAGGGGGGUUGGAUAUGGACCAGCCGCUGGACGAGGAGACUGUGAAAUCUGCACUGCGCAAAUUGGCGCUGCAAGAGGCAGCGAUUAGGGUGCAGAAAGCCAAUAUCGAGAAGGCGGCCGCCGAGGACAAGGCCAAGAUCGAGAAGGCGGCCGCCGAGGACAAGGCCUCGUCCGAGGCACGGAAGGCCAGGUUCGAGGAGGAAAAAGCCAAGAUGGAGAAGGCGUUCGCCGAGGACAAGGCCUCGUCCGAGGCACGGAAGGCCAGGUUCGAGGAGGAAAAAGCCAAGUCCGAGGCGCGGAUGGCCAAGAUCAAGGAGGAGGCCGCCGCAGACAUGGCCAAGAUCGAGAAGGCGGCCGCCGAGGACAAGGCCAAUAUCGAGAAGGCGGCCGCCGAGGACAAGGCCAAGAUCGAGAAGGCGGCCGCCGAGGACAAGGCCAAGUCCGAUGCGCGGAGGGCCAAGCUCGAGGAGGAGGCCAUCCGGACGGACCUUGGUCAGAAGGACCAGGACCAGCUGGGCCCCAAGGUCAUGGCCGCGAUGCUGGUCAAGGCCACCGAGAGGGUCAACAGCGCUCAGCAGCACUGGGCGGACAUCAAGCAGAAGACGUCCUGACGGUGGUGGCCAUCGUCUAUCCCACUCGGCCUCAUAGCUGUCGUGCUGGCCUUCAGCCUGACGGCUGUUGCCCCCCACAGCGCCAGCUGCAAGGUCGUGGACUGGCUGGCGCUGGCAGCCGGGAUCAGUGGGAUGGUGGCGAUGCUGCCAUGGACAGUUGGGCAGACGAUGUUCCACGUUGGGCUGUGGAAACGGGGCAGCAGAGGCAGGCCUCUGGUCGCGGCUGUGUACGGGGGCACACUGGCGGUGUUGAGUGCCCUUGCAUCGUGGGGGUGGAAUGUGCGCGCGCAGCCGAGCAAUGCCAUCGCCAACUGGGUCUAUGCCGCCGGCGUUAUUGCCCUGGUUUCGGCGUCCUUCGUGGCAGCUUCCCAGUCCGCACACCUGGUUGGCAUUGAUUUGCUUGACAGCAACACCAAUUCAAUCUGGGAAACAGCGGCAAAAGCGUGGCUUUCAUCACCCUGGCGCUGCAACCAGGUGCACCCUGCAGCACAGCCAAGCGGCGGCAACGGCUGUGCUGGUGCGUCUGUGACGAUACACACUCAGGGCUAGCGCUUUUCCACUUGACGCGCCUGUUGGUGUGCGCCGUUGUGGCCUCGUGUGUUCUUUUCGCUAGGUUGCUUGUUGUGCUGGUACGGUGACGAUGGGAUUGCUGGUGAGCAUGGUGCUGGACAGUCUGGGUGAUACCAAGACCCGGGGCUUGCAGCCCGGCGAUAUGGCACCGACCUCACAUUCGUUGACCUUGGGACCGGCGGUGCGGUGGCGGUCACCAUCACCGCUGAUUGCAAGCAUACCUGCGUGCUGCUGGAGACGGUGGUGUCAAGUGCUGGGGAGGCAAUGGGUGACGUGGGCGCUUGUGGGGGUGAUGAAGGCGAGAUAGGCAAUGAGUUGCCACUCGUGAACCUGGGUCCUGGCGUGCGGACGGCAGCGGUGGUGGCUGGGGGUUACCACACGUGUGCGCUGCUGGUGACGGACCUGGCGAGAUGGGGGCUGCCCUGCCAAGCGUGGGUCAAGGCCCUAGCAGUGGUAGUGGUAAACGCGCAACGGCCGUGGCUGCUGGGAACUCCAUUAGAGUUUUGCUAUUCAUUAUUGUAGAAAAAGAGGCGGCAGGUAAGACUCGGCCGGAGCGAGCAGCGACUAGUAUGGCGACUGUGGCGACUCGUUGCGAGAUAACGAGCCCGAGGCGCAGAAUUAAGAUUGGGGUGGUAACGACGAAGGUGUCUCUAAGGUAGCGGUCCGCGGUGGGGCUGGCAGGGCAUGCGUAGCGGCAUGGCAAGUAGUGUGGCUGUUGACAACUGUGCUGCGUCUGGCUGCGGUUGGCUCUGUUGUGGCAUCGCGAUUGCUAGGCACCUGGUUUGGCUAUGCGCCUGUGGAAACGGACCCCGGCUAUGUCCGGGCGAUGAGGUUGUUCGGCCUCAGACUGUGGAGGGGCUCAGCCGCUUUUCCCGUGACCGGGAACACUUGUCAGUAGAGUGCUGCAAGACGCUGUGAAGUGCUGAGGUGGUAAUGACCAAGGCCAACUGGGGCUGGAUUAUACUCGCCAUCGCGGGGGACAACCCUGGCGAGAUGGGCGCUGCAUUGUCGGCCGUCGACUACAUCACGUUUUGGUUAGGCAUUCGUGGUGCAAACCCAAAAUGCGCGCCUUAGUUCGGCAGGCCGCCUCUGGAUUGACCCGGAUUGAUGGCAGGGCCUGGAUAGUGAUUGGGAGUGGAUUUUUUUGCACACCAUGACACCAGCACGCGGGGCACGAGCAUGCAGGAACUGUAACACAAUAAGAGA